AUGCCAAGGAUCCUGCAAAGAGCGGCGGCUGGUCGGGCCACGACCACGUGGACUGGAGCGCGCACCGGGCCAGUCCGGGCCGCGCGGGGCAGGAGACUGACGUGGCGGGGACCGCCUCCGCGCCCUGGGCGAGCCGUGACGCCCCGGCGUCGGCCCCAUCUCCCCGAGACUGUGCCCGGCUGUGGGACGGGCGCCGCCGGCUCUGCACCUUCCCUGAGGUCCCCGCGCUCCGUCGCCCGGGCCCCCGAAAGCGGCGGCCGGGGCCUUGUGAGCAUCUCACACCAUCUUACAGCGAAGCUCGGAGCGCGACACGCAGCCGCAGGCGACCCCGCCCCAGCUGAGCCCUCGGGACGCACCCUGGUCGCCCGACCCUCGGGCCCUGCUCAGCCCAACCGGACCCCUGGCGUGGCAGGGGCGGCAGCACGGAUGAAUACGGCGCAGGGCUGUGUGACCUUCGAGGAUGUGUUCGUGUACUUCUCCCGGGAGGAGUGGGAGCUCCUUGAGGAAGCUCAGAGACUCCUGUACCGUGAUGUGAUGCUGGAGAACUUUGCACUUGUGUCCUCACUGGGACUCGCCGUUUCCAGGUCCCAUGUUGUUACCCACAUGGAGCCGGAGGGGAGCCCAGGGUGCCUGAGAAGGUAAACACAGCUCCAGCUACAGCAAAGCAGAUCUGGAGGAGGCCUGGCCCUGGUUGAUGGCAUGGAGUGAAGGAUGAGGCUGCGCAUUCUAAGCGGGGUGUUUCUGUGAGUGUCACAGAUGGGAACUCCCAAGGCAGGUCCUUCCACCCGAAAGGUUCAUCCCUGUGAUAUGUGUGACCCAGUCUUGAAAGACAUCUUUGCACCUGGCUGAGCCACAGGGAACACCAUCUGAGCAGCAGGAGAGACUUCUGGUGUAGUAUAAACCUUGACCAGAUGCAGAAGCCGCAGAGUUGAGAAAGUUUCUUCAGAAAGGAAGGGAGCCAGGCCUCAUUUGUGAAGAUCUGCAGAUCCCAUGUGUUGGAGAAGGCUUCUACUUGCAGGGAGGGUGGGAAGAACUUUGUGGUCAGCUCUGGACUUAUCCAGCACCAGGCUGCUCGCAGCAGGGAGAAACCACACAGGGGUCCUGAGUGUGGGGAGGCCUUUUGUGUAUCAGAUUUCCUUUAGGCAAGAAAGCACAACCCGAGACCAUAAGCCUUCUAUUUGUUGGAGGCAGCCUCCCUCCAGGGUUGAUUGACUCAGAGCAUCUCAAGGGACUCUUGGUUGUGGUGAACCGGGGAACAAGGGCCAUUGGAAAUGCAGGAAAGGCACCUGACCCUGGGACACUUUCCCACAAGGAGAGUCUUCCCAGGAAGGUGAGCUCUAAGCACAUUGGUGUGGGAACAGCUAAUCUGCAUUCAGGACUUUCAUGAGAGUGAGUCUCUCGGGGAGGGGGGUGCUUUCCAUGAACCACUCACAUGGGCCACAGAAAGCUUCCACGGUCUAUGGGCAGAAUUUCUACAAGUGGAAGUUUAACAAAUGUUGGCGUGGUUUCGACAUCAGCAGAUCAUGCUGAGGGAAGCCUGUGACCACAGCGAAUGUGAGAAAACCUUUCUUGAGAGGGCAGGAUUUACAUUGAGCGAAGCCAGGGGAGGAUUUACAUUGAGUGAAGCCAGGGGAGUACUUCCAAGUGUGGGAAGGCCUUCAGCUGCAGGUCAGACCUCAUGCAGCACCAGCAGAUUCACAAUGGGAGAGGCCUUGUGAAUGCAAGGAAUGUGGGAAAGUCUGGGACAGCUCUGCUUUUGUCCAAAAUAAUUUCCCCCACCCAAGAGAAAGUCUCUUCAAGUACAAAGUAUGUGGGUAAACCUUUGGUGACAGCUGUUUUCUCACUCAUCAUGUAGGGUUUUCCCAGGAGAGAAGGCCUGAGUGCAGUGAUGUGGGAAGGCCUUCAUUCACCAUUUUUAUUUCUGGCAUUAAUAGCAACCGCACUGGGGUAAAAUCCUUUGAGUAUAAAGAUCUGAGAGCCUCUUGUGACCGCUCUUCCCUAACUCUACACGAGGAGUCACGGUGGGGAAAACCUUGUGGAUACAGUGAAUGUGAACACACUUUCAGCUUUCGUUCAUCCCUCACGCACCCCCUAAGUGUUCAUACUGGGGAGAAACCCUGUGAGUGUAAGAGAUGUGGGAAAGCCUUUUGCAAGUGGACUUAACUCGGUCAGUACCAGAGAACUCAUACUGGGGAGAAUGUAACUCCUGAGGAAAAUGUUUGCCAGAGGAAACCUCUUGCUCGGCAUCUGAGAAAUUAUACCAAAGAGAAACCCUGUAAGUGUCAUCGUUGUGAGAAAAUCUUCUGAAGCAGAUCAUCACUUACUGUCUUCUAAAGGGUCCUUUUGGAAGUUGACUCAGCUUGGACCUUACUCUACAAAUGAGAAUUUAAAAAGGAGAGGAAACUAGUGGUUAUUGUGCAGUUUCAAAACCUUCAGCUACAGCUCAGUGUUAGUAUGCGCUGAAAAGCAAUCAUGGACUAUUUUUAAAAAAGAGAAAAGGCAUAAGGGAGGAGGAAGAAAAGAAGUCGAUGUAACAGAAAAAGGAAUGCAUUCAUGGUUUCUUUCAGGUUUCCCUACAAACCCAUGACAAUUUGUUUUCAGUUGUUUUUGUUUGGGGUGGCAGGUGGGAGCAAAGGGGCCUCAUCCCUUCACCUGACUUAAUAUACAUUCACUGCCAUUCUGUGACAGGAGAGCUGGAUACUUGACAGCAUCUAAACAAAUAUUUAUCGAAAUCCUUCUUUGUUAAAAAACAGACUCAACUAGUAAGGGUCAUUUAGUCUUUGUGAUAAAUGUGAAGUCAUAAUUUAUGAAGCAUUUAAAAGAAAUUAGAACACUAAAAAUAUUGUCACCUAAAAUUAUUUCAUAUGUAAGGGGCUAAGGACAUAUAUAUGAAUGGGUACAUUUUCUGCACCAUUUAAGACCAUUUAGUUAAGGCUUCAGUUAUUUAUUCACUUAUUUAUUCUUCAUUGAGAUAUAAUUGACAUAUAAAAUCAUGUGAGUUUAAGGUGUACAACAUUGAUUUGAUGAAUUUAUAUUGCAAUAUGAUUGCCAUUGUAGCAUUAACUCCUAUAUCCUAGUGGUAUCCUGUGUUCCUAGUGGUAGGAACAGUUAAGAUCUAGUCUCUUGCCAAGUUUCAUGUUUUUAAUAUAGUUUUGUUCCUUGCAAUCCCUUUACUGUGUCUUAGAUCUUCAGGAUUUAUUUAUAUACUAGUUGCAAGUAUGUACCCUUAAACAACAUCCCCCCACCCAAGCCUUUGGUAACCAUCAUUCCACUCUCAUUUGAGUUCAGUUCUAUUCCACAUAUAAAAAUAUAUAGUAUUUGUCUUUCUGUGUUUGACUUAUCUCACUUAGCAUAAUGUCCUUAAGGGCCAUCCUUAUUGUCGUAAAUGACAGCAUUUCCUUUUUUCUCAGAGCAUCUCAAAGGACUGAAUAAUAUUCCGUUGUAUAUAUGCCACAUCUUCUUUAUCCUUUGAUGGACACUUAAGUUGUUACCAUAUCUUGUCUCUUGCGUACAAUGCUACAAUAAACAUGAGAGUGCAGA